AUCCACUCGACUUCCAAAAUCCCACCAACAAUGGCGCCUCAACCCACCACCACCACCACUUACUCUUAUCCAAUCAAAACAGUUGUAGUUUUAGUUCAAGAGAACCGUUCUUUCGAUCACAUGCUGGGUUGGAUGAAAUCCCUCAACCCAGAAAUCAAUGGUGUCAUAGGGAACGAGUCCAACCCGUUAUCUACCACCGAUCCCAACUCGAAACGAAUCUACUUCGGCAACAAGUCUGAGUACGUUGACCCAGAUCCGGGUCACUCUUUCCAGGAAAUCUAUGAACAAGUGUUUGGCGUGGCAUGGUCGGAAUCAAAUUCCGGCCAAAAACUGACGCCGACUAUGGAGGGUUUUGCUAUGCAAGCUGAGGAGAAGGAAAAGGGUACGUCGGAGACGGUGAUGAAUGGGUUCAGACCGGACGCCGUUCCGGUUUACAAAGAGUUGGUUUCGGAGUUCGCAGUAUGUGACCGGUGGUUCGCAUCUAACCCGGCAUCGACUCAGCCGAACCGGUUGUUUGUGCACUCAGGGACUUCGCAUGGAUUAACCAGCAACAAUAACAAGAUUCUGAUCGAAGGGUUGCCGCAGAAGACAAUAUUUGAUUCGUUGGAUGAAGCUGGGUUCUCUUUUGGGAUAUAUUAUCAGUACCCACCUGCAACUCUGUUCUACAGGAAUCUUAGAAAGUUAAAGUACAUAGGAAAGUUCCAUCAAUUUGAUUUGGAAUUCAAGAAUCAUUGCAAGCAUGGAAAGUUGCCAAAUUAUGUUGUGGUGGAACAAAGAUACUUUGAUUUGAAAAUACUACCAGGGAAUGAUGAUCACCCAUCACAUGAUGUCUCAGAGGGUCAAAAGUUUGUUAAAGAAGUUUAUGAAGCACUGAGAUCAAGUCCCCAAUGGAAUGAAAUGUUGUUCAUAAUCACAUAUGAUGAGCAUGGUGGGUUCUAUGACCAUGUACCAACUCCAACUGGAGUCCCAAGUCCAGAUGGUAUAGUGGGUUCUGCUCCAUACAACUUUCAAUUUGAUCGCCUUGGUGUUAGAGUCCCAGCAAUCUUCAUUUCUCCUUGGAUUGAGAAAGGAACAGUGAUCCAUGGACCUUCUUCAGGUCCAUAUCCUACAUCAGAGUUUGAACAUUCCUCCAUUCCAGCUACAGUGAAGAAAAUCUUUAAUCUCAAGGAUUUCUUAACCAAACGUGAUGCAUGGGCUGGAACCUUUGAGACUGUUCUCACAUUGGAAACUCCAAGAACAGACUGCCCAGUAACAUUGCCAGAACCUGUGAAAAUGAGGGAGGCUGUUGCAAAAGAAGAUGCAAAGCUAAAUGAUUUUCAACAGAUAUUGGUGCAAUUGGCAGCUACAUUGAAUGGUGACCAUAGGAAGGACAUUUUUCCAGACAAGCUAAUAGAGAACAUGACAGUUGGAGGAGCUGUUGAGUAUUGUGGAGAUGCCAUGAAGAAAUUCUUAGAAGCAUGUGAGCAGGCCAAGAAGAAUGGAACAGAUGAGUCUGAGAUUGUUGUCUGUUCGACUCUAUCCACUACUCAACGUCAACCUUCUAAGACCAUUCUUCACAAGAUGUUUAGUUGUUUCAGUUGCAUCAACUGAUCAUGCUACAUUUGU